AUGGGCAUGCUUCCGUUCCUGGACCAGCCGGUGCUGCUGCACUCAGACCGUGACCCGGGAGUGUGUACCAUGACACCAGAGCAAUGUGCCUAUAAAAAGCAAUACUGGGUUAACUGGUAUGAGGCUGACCAUCGCUAUGCCUUACCAACCGUGGCAUUCUUCAUGGUUGCAAUUAUUCUCUUCUCCAUUGCCCAUGUAACGGAGAGUAUCACUCCGCGGCGUGCAAAGCAAAGUCGAAUGUGGCUGCGUCCGUUGGCAUUUUUGCGCUUCCUCUCUUACAAGAGCUGGCGGAUUGGGGGGUGUAACUCUCAAUCUCUUGGUGUUUUUCUGCUUGGAGCGGCAGGUUUGGUCUACUUCCUUUCGAUGACUCUCGGACCUCAUCCUUAUUAUUGGCCCAACACCAUGGAGCUCAGCUAUGGUGGAUCUCCACCCAUCGCGACGCGAGCCGGCUUCAUGGCACUUGCUUGCAUGCCAUUCCUUAUCAUCCUCGGCGCCAAAAGCAACCCUAUUACAAUGCUUACUGGCAUCUCCCAUGAAAAGCUCUUCAUCUGGCACAACUGGGUUGCCUGGGCCAUGUUCGUGCUGGCAUUGGUUCACACAUUUCCUUUUAUCGUAUACAACAUGUGGAUGGGCGACAUCAAAGAACAAUGGAAUACUGGUGGUGUGUGGGUGACCGGAGUUGUUGCUCUGAUCGCUCAAGCAUGGCUGACUUUCAUGUCCAUUCCCUGGAUCCGGAACCGAUACUACGAGUUCUUCAAGGCCACCCACUUCUUCAUGGCAAUGGUCUUUGUCAUAUUUUUCUUCAUUCACUGUGACUUCCGCAUGUCCUCUUGGGAUUAUUUCAUUGCAACUGCCGUUCUUUAUACUCUCUCUUGGCUGUACUCGCAAUGUCGAACAUGGUUCGAGCACGGUAUCAAGCACAAGGCUCGUCUCGUACCCGAGACCGAUGAGACUUUCAAAGUCACCAUCGAUACGAGAAUGGAGUGGGGUCCCGGCCAGCACAUUUUUCUGCGCUUCUUGACAUGUGGAAUGCACUCUUUGACAGCCCACCCGUUCACAAUCUGCUCCGUUCCCCAACGGGACGGAAAGAACCAGCUAGUCUUCUACAUUAAGCAACACGGCGGUGUGACGGGACGCUUGAUGAGCAUGGCCAAAAAGAACCCGGACGUUCAAGUUCCGGUGCUAAUUGACGGACCCUACGGCGGAACUCCGGUGGGCCGUCUUCAAGAAUUCGAUAAGUCGCUAAUUGUCGGUGGAGGAGCCGGUGCUGGGUUGACAUUAUCCAUGAUUGAAGACUUUGUCCGUUUCUCUUCUCCCCAGAAUCACAAAGAGAUGAAGGUUAUUGUUGCUACGCGCGAUCCCGGGAUGCGGGCGUGGUACAUGCAAGCACUGGAAGAUUUGGCGGCUAGGCAGUCGCAACAAAAACCAGUUGCUGGAUUGUCGGUUCACAUUCAUGAGACUUUCUCAUCACAGUCAAGUCCAGAAUCGGAUUCUGAUGGAAGGGAAGUCGCGGGAGAGAGUGGGAAGAUGCAGAAAGUUCAUUCCAAGGAGUGUAGCCCCUUGGUAAGCGAGAUAUUUGGUGUUCAACUCUUCACUGGCAGGCCUGAUCUCCCGAAUGCCACUCAAGAAUUGGCAAACCAGGAGGGUACCUCUGUAGGUGUGGUUGUAUGCGGUCCUUCGUCUAUGACUCAUGAUGUUGGUGCUGCGUCUUCAGAGAUUCAAAGUAAGAUUCUGGCCAAGAAAGCAGGUGUUACGCGUGAAUUAUGGUUACAUAGAGAGAAUUUCUCGUGA